GACGGAGAACAAGUGAUGCUAUCCUGGUAACUGUUGGAGUUACUUGGUGUAAACACCGUGGGAAAAAGAGGUACCCGACUGACGUAAAGAGACGGUAUAAGUCUGUGAAAUGAAAAUCCCUGAGGAGGUUAAGGCGGUCAGGGGAUGGGUACAACGAAGAAAUAACUUAAUAGGUUAUGACUCCAAAAGACAUUAAUGAAAAGCCUGCAGCUGGUGGCAAGAUGGAAUUUAGUAGUACUGGGGAUUUUCAAGAUUCCUUUCUUCAGGAACCUGAAGUAUUCCUCAGUCAGAACCUGUUGGAGAAGCUUCAGGACCUGAAGAGCAUACACCGCCAGCGAUUAUUGGAACUGGGAAUGUUGUAUCACCGUGAACUCCAGCAUAAAAUGAAGGAAGCUGGCAAUAUGAAAGUACACAAGGCUAAUGAGGACCUGGAGAGUUUCUUUGCAAGUAGCGUACGGCCAGUGCUGCAAAGUAGUUCCAAGCAUCAAUCACCAAAAAAGCAUACAUUGAUGAGAAAAUCAUUCUCUGUAACUGAUCUCAACUCUAAAGAAAUGCAGGAUGGUAACCGGAAAGAAUGUCCUCAAUUGCGCGCUUCUCUUCAAAGGCCUAUCAGUGCUGCAGCUUCAUGGGCUGAAAGCAUUACUGUUCCCCAGCCUUUUAACAUGUCAAUUAGAGAAGCUCAGAAGAAAUCUCAGGUCCUCAGAUCUGGUGUCUGGCAGGAGGUAGAGAACCACCUGACAGAGAAACAGAAGCAAGAGGAGGCUGAGUGUCAGAAACAGUUCCGAGCUAUGCCAGCACCAGCCCAUGUGUACUUACCCCUCUAUGAUGAAAUAAAGGAACGGGAACAGGAACGGCGGCGAGUGGAAGUGGAAAGGAGAAAGCAGUUCUUGCAAGAAACACAAAAGCCUUUUAGUUUUCUUGAAAGAGAAGAAAAAAGAAAAGAAGAAAUUAGACAAAAACUCCCACCAGAAAGUUCUGAGAGCACAGAGCCAAAACCUAAAUGGUCUAAGAAGAUUCCUUUAUCUGUUCAAGACCCCUCAGUUAGCGAAAAGCUAAAAGAGGCCGAACUGUACAGAAAAAUACGAAUGCAGAUGAGGGCAGAGGACUUACUUCGUAGUUCUUCAACACCAAUUAAAGCGAAAACCCAGAGGAAAGAACUGGACAAAAGCAGCAUUCUGAAAACAAAAGAAGAAAAACUGGGAUUCUUGAAUACAAGCCCUAAAUUCCAGCCUCAGAUUAACCGUGAAGUACCUAACUUUGAACAGCUCCAUAAGGCAUUGCAAACAGAGGCCAUGAGAAUGAGACAGCUAAAGGAAGCUACUCGUUGUAAGCCCUUUGAACUGCAUACCUCAAAACUACCUCCUAGGCAGAUCAAGGUGUCCAACAGUGUACAUACGGACUCUAAGGUUGCUAAGAGUCAAAUGACAAGUAGUCGACCGGGCAGCAGUUGUAAGUCACUCUCCACUGAUACACUUCCUGUUUAUAUCUCAGAUGCUGAAAAGAAACGACAGUUUGCUAUCAGGAAGUCAUUAGAAGAGAAACUUAAGAAUGAAGCGGAGAAAGAGCAGUGGCUGAAGCAACACAGAAUGAGAUCCCAGACCAUGAAUAAAUCUGUUACAAGGCGUGCAAAGGCUAUGGAUCACCAUAAGAGCCUUGCAGAGACAAACGAAGAGCAGGUUAAACGCCACAGGCAGGAUGACCAGAGAAGGAUGAGAGAGUACAAAAUGGAGCUGGAAGAGAUGACCAAAAGGGCCAGGCACAGACCAUAUCUCUUCGAACAGGUCACACGGCAAAAUGUCAAGGAAAAGGCUAAACAACAGUACCAGAAAACCUUAAACCAAUCUGGGCUGGAUGAGGAGUUUGUGAGGAGAAAAGGAGAGGAUGCUGAUAACAUCACUGUUAAAAAGUCAUAUGAGGAGGAAGAUGAAGAAGAGGAGGAGGAGGAAAACAGAAAAAGCAUCCUUGAAUCUGAUGCUGUAAGAAGCAUUACAGUGGAGGAGGACCAUGAAGAGGAAGAUGAAGAAGAGGAGGCACCAAAUGAAGCUAUUGUUUCAAAUGUGAAAAAUGAUACAUCAGAGGAGAGGAAUUCAAAAGCAGAGGAGGUGGAAAAUGAAAAAACAGAUGCCCAAAAAGGCAGUUUUAAAGAGUUGUCGUAGAAUGUCCUAUAUUUUAUAAUGGAAAGACAGAACUUACUUUAAGGACAUGCCAGGCUUUCUGUUGUCCUGGGCAAGGUUGACUCAUUGGUACUAAAAAUAGACACUGCAAGGCUUAAGAGUAAUGGUCUUCUGUCUAGCACCACUUGCUGUUAGUGAUAUCAUGUGCAAGAGUAGAAAUCCCUGUGACUUUUGAAAUCCUUGCUAUUUCAUGACAUUUUGAAAAUCACACCAGAAGUAGUCAGCAUUUUUGACGCAUCUUUUAAUUUUUUUUUUUAUUUCCUCAUUUUAAUUAUGCAUUUGAUAUUAUUUUUUCUAAUGCAUUACAAACAUAGUAGCAAUCCUAGGCAAGUGAUCUCAGGGGACCAUAACAUGCCUGGCUUAAGCAGACUCACUUUAUAGUUCUUGCCAUCCUUUUUUAAUUAUUUAACAGUGCUCCUCUCCCAAAUGAAGCAGUUCGUUUUAACUUGACGUUUGCUUGUAUUGAGAAGAAACACACAAAGGCCAUUAUUUUCUUCAUGUGUUUAGUCAGUGAUAUCCAAGCCUGACCUUUGUAGCGCACAUUCAGUCAGACUAAGUGGUAUUCAUGGAACAAGACCCUUAAAAGACAGGUGCUGCACCAACAACAGUCUCACCACUGCACAUCUUUAACCUUCUCUUCUCUUUGUGCAGCAACAUGUUUGUAUAUUUUAUGAUACUCUGUCAGAGAAAGAGUCUGAUUGCAGUUGUCAUGUUAAAAAAUGGUACCGCAUGGCUAGCCUAGUUGCAUGUCUUAUAAUGCAGAACAGAAACACAGCAUUAUCCUUGUCCUAGUUACAUGGCUUAUAACACAGAACAGAAACACAUCUUAUCCUAGUUACAUGGCUUAUAACACAGAACAGAAACACAUCCUAUCCUAGUUACAUGGCUUAUAACACAGAACAGAAACACAUCCUAUCCUAGUUACAUGGCUUAUAACACAGAACAUAAACACAUCCUGUCCUAGUUACAUGGCUUAUAACACAGAACAUAAACAUAUCCUGUCCUAGUUACAUGGCUUAUAACACAGAACAGAAACACAGCAUUACCCCUAUCCUAGUUCCAUGGCUUAUAAUGCAGAACAGAGACACAGUAUGACCCACUAGCUUAGUUACAUCUUUACAAACAGUUGUUAACCAAUUGUUUAUCUUUAAUCCUUUUUUAUACAGUUUCUGGAACAUAGAAUCUAUCAAAGUAUAAUAAAGGGGAAAGGUGGGUGACACAUUGGUACAAUGGGUUAGCACUACUGUCAGAGUGUUCGGUUCUUUAGUUCCAGCUUGGGUUCCUUCCAUGUAGGGUCUACAUGUUCUCCAGUUACUGUUUUAUUUGCCAGGAUGAUCCUGAUUUUCUGCAUUCCAAAAUGCAUGAUGAAGUGGUGGUUUUCCUGACUGGCUAUUAGGUAUGUGUGUGUCCUGCAAUAGACUGGCAUCUCAUCUGCAAUUAUUGUCACACCUGUUCUAUUCUGGGAUAGGCUGCUACUACUCCAUCUGAAGAUCGUGAUGGAAAAUGAACCUGUAUAUAUAAAAUUAUCAUUCUAGAAAUUCUGUAAUAUCUGUUUAAUAAAUAAUGUGAUGGCAGUGAUAUAUCACUCUUAUCAUCUCACAUUAUAGAAUAUUAUAACUUUAAAUGCUACCUGCACCAUAGUUGUGUCUGUGGAAGAAAAGGCAAACAUGAUUUAUUUGCCUGUAUGCCUGGUCAGUAAGGUUAAACUGCAGAAAAACGCCUCAAAGCUUCUCUGGGCAGCUUACUUCUUAACAGAGAUUUGAAAAUCAAAAUUGUGUCCAUAUAAAAGGGGCCAAUGCAGAUUUCUCUGUUUUCUUCAAAAAAAAUUGUUGAACCUGAAAUAAAUAAUCAUUUUGGCUCUGAAUUAAAAAAAAAAGUCAUAUACAUUAAACACUUUUUAAAUUCAGCCAAGUCACAUAUAUUCAUCUAGUCCAUGGUCUUCAGCUGCAGAACAAGACUGCAAAAUAUAUAGCACCCUUAACAAGAACAAAAGCACACUUUUAUGUUGUCAACUAAUCAAAAUUAAUGUAUGUGUAGAAAAUAAAUUCUUUAUUAGUUGUGUAAACUGUAACACAACCCAGAUCCUACACCUCUUGCACCAUUCUUGGGGGGGGGGGGGGGCUUUGUUGACGUAAAUGAAAUAAACUAGCUACAGGUUAUACCACCAUGGAAAAAUAGAUCUUCCUCAAUCUAUAUGCAUUUGUUUAUGAACAUAUCCAACAAAAGCACUAUCCAAAAUAAUGGCGGAGAUGUUAAAUCGAGGCCUCAUCUGCUUGAGUUGGUGGUAGCUCAGGUGGAUGUAAAAGAUACCAGGGCACCUAUCGAACAGAGUAAGGAAAGUUCCCUGAUGUUCUGACCAAAUUUCCCCUAAUAGUAUAACAUACCUCCUUGGGUUUCCCCCUGAAAACAAGGUACAAGCCUGGUGGGACUAACCCAGUCAACAAAGUAUAAAUAAAUAAAACUGACAAACGGGUCAACAAUAUGCAUUAACUCUUUAGUACAUCGAUUACUUAAUAUCCUUCAAUGCCAGGCUGCCUCCUUUCCCCCAGGAUGGGUGUGUGUGCAUCAGGUACUCGCUUUCACUUUUCUCACCUGCUAUUUCAGCUGCUGGGUCAUCUGGGCUGAUGUCAGCAAUUCAUAUGUUUCUGUUAUAGAGCCUUAAACAAAAUACAUAUAAUUUAAAGUUAACACAGUCCCCUCACUCUCAGCAUUUAUCCAUCUUAGUUGCUAUUUUUGAAUUGUAAUUAUAUAAAAUUAUUUAAAUCUCAAAAUAUCACAUCCCAAAGAAAGUAACACCCAAGUAGAUGCAACACACACACAUCUAAUUAAUAUAUAUAUAUAUAUAUAUAUAUAUAUAUAUAUAUAUAUAUAUAUAUAUACAUUUAUUUAUUUUUUUGUAAUAGGGAAGCAAGCACCAAACAUUCCUUAAUGUGGGAGCAAGACCCCACACCCCUAUAUCUGUAUUUGUAUAUAUAUAUAUAUAUAUAUAUAUAUAUAUAUACACAUACAGACACUAACUCUGAGAUUGUAGUAAAUCAAAGAGAAGGGAAAACGCUGAAAAGAAAUGGAAAUCUCACCAUCUCCCACUUCUGUGAAUUUAACACAGACUGUCAAUGUGGGACCAAGCUGCCUGCAACAUUUUACAUCAACAAACAGAAACAAAUGAUGUUCAUCAUUCUCACUGCUGCAGUAUCAUUUUAGCUGUAUGAGUUGUAUCCUAUCUAGGAUGCAACAACAAAUGGCCAGCUUAAAAAAAAGCAGUGGCCCCUUCACCCACCUUCACUCUGAUUGCUGAUAGGUGAAAUCGGCACUAAGACUUGAAGCAAUCCUCAGUACUUUCUUGUUUCUCAAGAAGAGUAAUCAUCUCUUAGGCAUCACAGGAGCAGCAGUGAUUUGUCAAGCUGCUUUUCUGGCAGACAAGUCCCAUAGGGGUCCCUUCCACUCAAAAUUUGCUUCUCUUUUAAGAAAAUAGUGGUGUAUUUUAUUUUAUGGCUAAAAGUAAUAUUUCCCCUAGAAGAAAUCUCCAUAUGUUUUCACAGUAUCUGAAGUUUCUUCUCAGAGAUUUAUAUUUUAGUAAGGUAUUAUUUAUUUAUUUUGGAUUUUGGAGCUAUUCUGUAGUAAAUUUGUACUGCUUUUGCAAACUGUUUACCCAUUUAUGUGAUUCUAAGAAUCAGGAAGUGUUUUUACAGAACAGAAAAUGCAUUUAAUAUGUUUACUGCGUAUGUACACUUCCUGACAACUUACCUUUUAUUUUUUCUGACAGCAUGAAUUGGGGAUUAAUGCUGUUUCUGACAGGAUUUUCAAGUGUUUUGCUUAUGCUUUUACACAAGAAGGGAUUAUGUGGGAAGUGUGUGCUGCUUGUGAACACUUCUGUGACAACUUGCCUUCAGACUAACUCGUUCCAGCACUGCUUACCAGCUUUCAGUCCUGUUCAGCAUGGAUACUUAGUCUGGUCCUGCUGUACCUAAAAUGAAAAAAACAAAACAAAGAUACUUGUGGGCAUAGGCAGUGCCUCAGCUGUGGAUCAGUGAACCUGUAGAGGACAUUUAUUGCUCCUCAGACCACUCACUUGCUUCUCUGAGUUCCUCUUGUGUAGUCCUUUAAGCCACCAUAAACCAGGGGGUCACCCAUGUCCUUUUUGGCUGUGCCAGUGUUCGUUUUGGGCAUGAAAGAAUCCAAUUCUUUGGGUCUGGGAAGCACUCCAAGGGAGCUGGAAAAAGACAGCCCUUGACAGGGCCAAAGUGCAAUCUCUUAGUCUGUCUUCUAGGGUGUUACCUGUAAAGAAGAAAAAACAAAAGGUUAGACGUUGUUCAUCUGAAGAUGUGCCUGUUUGUAAAGCUGAUUUUGUUACCUUAACCAGACAAUUACUGGCUGUUUAUCCUGGUACUCAGAAAUUCUUACCUGAGGGCAAUGUUAAUAAAUUCCUGAGGAAAAUUUGCCAGAGGCUUCAGACAUGGACAGAGACAGAGCUUCCUCUCCUUAAGAUUCACAAGCCUAAAUCUGUGAUUCUGAGAAAACAAGGUUUUGCCACUUCCUUUGGAGGAAUUUUCUUUCUCUUAUACUUGAUCCAGGGUGAGUGAGGUGUUUUGUGGGAACAGGCGGAUGCCCCCCUGAAUUGAGGAGAUAUAUGUUACAAGUGGAUCUACCUCAUUGUAUACCCAUCCCCCAGACUUGGAAGAUGUAUUUAGUGCUGCCUGUAACAGUCCUGACUCUCAACCUUCCUUAAGUCCAAAAAAUGCAGAUAGACCUUAUAAAGUACUUCAAACUAAUACAUUUUGGUUUCUUCAACUUAGGGCAGACCCAUCUUCUACAGCUACCUCUCUGCCAACUGGUAACCAACUAUUAGUCAAUACGAAUCCCAUAGGUAUAGGUAAAGAAGUCAAGGUACUGGACAGAUAUGGUAAGAGAAUUUUCUCUUCCUCCACUUUAGCUUCCAGAAUUCUUAACUCUCAGGCACACACGGAAGUUUAUUCUGUUUUUGUGCAGACAGUUUGAGGUCAGUAGGCAUCUCCUUUCUGAAUACUAUUGUUUCAGAUUUUUCUCAAGUAUCUAAAUAUGCUUUGAAGUAUGUAUGAUUGGGCAGAUACUGUUUAGUGGCACUGCUACAGCUAUGGUUUUGAGAAGAUAUACCUGGGUGUGCAACCACAUGUUUCCUCAUGAAGUAAAGUCUGAAAUGUUGAACUUUUUUUUUUUGUAAGGAGGUUUUGUUUGCCCCUUCUGCUACUCAGUUCCUCAGUUUCAUAAAAGGGGAAAGUUAAUUCAUGGAAUUUCUAAGACUUUUUAAGCCCCCUUUACCAAUCUCCGAAUUCUUUUCUUCCUUUUACACAGCUAAAUAAGCAAUCUCUGCCAUGUCCAGGCCAAUGGAGCAAAAAAGAGAGCAGAAGGGGAACAAAAACAAAAAUCCUUUCUUAAAAAGGAACAGUCUAAUUCUUUGAAUGACUAUGCCAGCCUUUGAACCCCAUCCCCACCCCUCCUGUCUCUUUAAAUCUGUCCCAGAAAGUAGCUCUUUAUCUUCCUCUUUGGAAGCUUUAGGGUGUUUACAGAGGUUCAGUGGGGUUACAUUAGGCACUGGAUACAAAUACCUCCUUUAAGAGGAAUUCCUCCCCGUCCUUCGAACAAAACUAUUUUUUUUCCUUUAGGUUCUUCAACUCUUGCUCACAAUGGAGAUUAUAGAACCACUGAUCAUAGAUCAAAAGGGUAAAGGCUUCUAUUAUAGAACGUUUCUGGUUCCAAAGAAAGAGCUUUCAUGGAUACCAGUUCUAGAUAUUUUAUUUCUCAAUCUGUGCAUGAAGGUACCACAAUUCAAAAUGCUGAGCCUUCAAACUCUGUUACCUCACAUUCCUCCACUAAAUACCAUGGUAAUAUCUAAAGGAUUCUUAUCUUCACAUUCCCAUAACCACAUGCUUCAGGAAAUUUCUCAGAUUCACUUUGCGUCAUAUUAUUAGUCCUCUGUAUUACAGCUACAGCUCCAUACAUGUUUUAAAGUGUCUAAAUCCAGUAAUAGCACAACGCAGACUGCAUGACAUUCACAUAUUUCCUUAUCUUUUCAUGGUCUUUUCCCGGAUGUCAAGAGCCCUUAACUUGUGUUUCAACUCUUCUUACCGAUCUGGAAUUCUAGAUAAAUGUACAAAAAUCCAGUCUCAGACUUGUUGCUAAAGAAUUUCUCAGGAUUCUAUGGUUCAUGACUUCUAUGCUUCUCAAAAAUCUGCAUGCCAGACUACACAUAAAGAUCAUUCAAUGGUAUGUAUA